AUGGCUAAAUACGUUCCUCGUCAGCGAAAGCACAAAGUGCUUGCUCGUGAACGAGCAAAAGAAAACGCACAGCACGAAGUCCAGGACUCAAACCAGGACGAGCUUCUUCCCACGGCCAAGGCUGAUCGCGAGGCCAAGAAGGCCCAGCUUAAGGCAGAGCUUCGACAGGAUGGCGCGAAAAUGAGCGGCAAAAAGGCCAAGCGUCUGGAGAAGUAUAUUGAGGGCAAGCUGCGCAAGGAUGAGAACCGCGAAUUGAUAGCCAAGCUUGCUGAUCGCCGGGUUGAUACGAGCUUGUUCUCAAGUAGUCGAUCGCUCGGACAAGGUCGCGAGACCAAGAGGGAGGCAUUGAGUCGGGCAAUGAGAGAGGAGAAGGCUGGCUUGGAGGGUGGCGAAGAAGAGAGGGAGAAGAUCCUUCUUGAGAAGCGAAAAGAACGACAGGCAGACGAAGACGCUUCUAGCGAUGAGAGCGACGCAUCUGAACAGGAGGAGCCAAAGCCAUCUAAAUCAACACCCACGCACAGCGAGACAGCUCAGCCGAAACCAGCAACUGGUGCGCCAGCGCUUGGCUCCGGCCUCAAGAGACCACUCGACGUCGACGACGAAGGACGGCCCGUGAUAAAAAAGCGACAGAAGCGAGGAGGAGUGAAAUCAAAGUUCUCGCUAGCUCAAGUCGCGGCGGCACCCGAGCCAGAGCCCGAGUCCGACAGUGAUGGAAGCGAUAGCGAGAGUAACAGCGACGAGUGGAACGGGCUCAGUGACGAUGAGGCCGAAAAGGGAGCUCAAAUUAAGGAAGAUAGCGAAAGCGAAGAGGUGGCUGAGGAAGAAGAUGAAUCCAGUGAAGAAUCUGAGGAAGAAUCCGACGAUGAGGAUAUGGAAGACGCCGAUGACAACAAAGCGCAAAGGUCGUCUUCAUUCAAGGCCUGGGCGCAUCAACAACGAAACGAAGCCCUUGGAUAUUCUUCAAUUGAAGAUUCGACGACCAACCUCGAAAUUCCCAAACCAGAUAACUUCGUUCCUCGAGCCGCCGAGCAAGAUCCUUUGCCUAUGGAACUACAACCGACACAAAAUAUCAACCGAAAAGUAUACAGCGUGCCGGUCAUCAGAACGACAGAAAUUCAGGAGGCGCGAUUGAAGCUUCCUGUGGUAUCUGAGGAACAAAGGUUGAUGGAGGCGAUCCACAGCCACGACAUUGUUGUUGUGUGUGGUUCUACCGGUUCCGGAAAGACGACCCAGAUCCCGCAAUUCUUGUAUGAGUCUGGUCAUGGCUCUCCUGACUCGCCUACUCCUGGUAUGAUUGGUAUCACGCAGCCUCGCCGAGUUGCUGCAGUCAGUAUGUCGAAGCGAGUUGCUGAAGAACUUGGAGAUAAGUCUGAAGUAGUCGCCUACCAGAUUCGUUUCGAGGGCACAGUUGACCCUAAGACGGCCAUUAAGUUUAUGACUGACGGUGUGUUGCUACGCGAGAUUGCGCAGGAUAUUACUCUUAAGAAGUAUUCGGCCAUUGUUAUUGAUGAGGCUCAUGAGAGGAGUGUCAACACUGAUAUUCUAAUUGGUAUGCUCAGCCGAGUGAUUAAGCUUCGAGCAGAGCUAGCAGCCGAGGAUCCCACAAUCAAGCCCCUCAAGCUCGUUAUUAUGUCUGCCACACUGCGAAUAGAGGAUCUCACCAUGAACCCUACUCUUUUCGCAACACCACCUCCUGUUCUGGAAGUCGAGGGCAGACAACAUCCUGUUACCAUCCAUUUCUCUCGAAGAACACAGCACGAUUACGUCGAGGAGGCAUUCCGGAAGAUUAGCAGGGGCCACAAGAAGUUGCCACCUGGUGAUAUCUUGGUAUUCCUGACUGGCCGUAACGAGAUUCUGCAACUCAGCAAGCAACUCAAGGCUGCAUUUGGCGGUCCUAAAACCGCCGAGGGACCCAAGGUGCAACUUUCCGCCAGCGAAGCGCCAGUUGAGGCAGAAGAUAUCGAGUUUGGAGAUGUGGACGACCGCAACGGUGACGAUUUUGACGAGAUCCCCACAGACGAUGAAGAUGAGGAUGAGAAUGAAUUUCAGAUUGAAGAGGAUCAAGAGGUCGCGCCGCUCAAGAUGCGGGUUCUGCCUCUUUACUCCUUGCUUCCAACACGCGAGCAGAUGCGAGUCUUUGAGCCAGCACCCGAGGGCACACGAAACAUCAUCUUGGCGACAAACGUGGCGGAAACCAGUUUGACUAUUCCCGGAAUUCGCUAUGUCUUUGAUUGUGGACGGUCGAAGGAGAGACAAUAUGAUCGCCAGAGUGGCGUGCAGAGCUACGCCAUCGGUUGGAUCAGCAAGGCCAGCGCAAACCAGCGAUCUGGUCGUGCUGGUCGUACUGGCCCUGGCCACUGCUACAGACUCUACUCCUCUGCAGUUUAUGAAAGAGAUUUCCCGGCAUUCACCAACCCUGAGCUGUUGCGAAUGCCUAUUGAAGGCAUUGUGCUCCAGCUUAAGGCGAUGAAUUUGCAGCAUGUUGUCAACUUCCCUUUCCCCACGCCUCCCGACCGACGCGCUCUUGCUAAGUCUGAGAAACUCCUGACAUAUCUCUCUGCUAUCUCUUCAACUGGUCAGGUUACUCCUAUUGGUCAAACCAUGUCUGUGUUCCCCCUAUCUCCCAGGUUCGCUCGUAUCUUGUUGGUCGGUCAUCUCCACGACUGCAUUCACUAUACUAUCGCUCUUGUUGCUGGUCUCUCAGCUGCUGAGAUCUUCAUUCCCGAGAAUCAGGCUAUUCCGACACUUGCUGCAAAGGAGGAUGGUGCCAUCCGCACAACGUCAGAUGUCAUCGCUGAGGACCGCCAAGCUAACAUCCGGAAGAUGUUCAACGAAGUGCACAAGAACUUCUGCUACUUGGACGACAAGUCCGAUGCCAUCAAGCUCCUACAGGUCGUGGGAGAAUUUGCCCAUGAGCCUACUGAGGAAUGGUGUGAGAGUCACUUUGUCCGAUUCAAGGUGCUUAAGGAAAUUCAGCAGCUGCGACGACAGAUCACAGAGUUGCUAAGGACUAAUGUGUCUGCGUUUACAAACUUGAAGUACCAGGAUAAGCUGGAUCCUCCAUCGCCUAAACAGGUGGCUGCUCUCAAGCAGAUGGUUGCAGCAGGUUUCGUGGAUCAGGUCGCCAUCCGAGCAGAUCUUACACCGAACCCCCCUGAGCAGUUCCGUAAGCCCCGUCGUACCAUCGAUGUUCCUUAUAUCCCCUUGAUCCCCAUUCACGGUGGUCAGGAGGUCGAGAGCGACCGUGCAGUUUACAUACAUCCCACAUCACCUCUCGCCCAUAUCAGCAUUCAAGAAUGUCCGGAGUACAUCGUCUACUCAUACCUUCAACGAGCUGCACAAGCAGUUGACGCGGAGAGACGACCCAAGACCAGAAUGCAUGCUCUCACAGACGUGACAGGCGGACAACUAGCAGGAUUGGCGAAGGGCACACCCCUUAUCACAUAUGGAAAGCCGAUCAAGGAGCUAAAGUCUACAGCGAACACAGAGAGUGCUACAGUACGAGAGUGUUUUGUGGUUCCUUACCUGCGAGCUGAGGGUACGGGUGGACAGGGGUGGCCUUUGCCUGCUAAGAAGGUGAAGCAACGAAAAGUUCCCGGCAAGGGAUGGGUUGUGGAGUAG